AUGAACUAUAAUCUGGAUGGCAAGGAUUGCCAGCCGUGCUCGAGCGGGACCGUUCCGACACCAUCUAAACUAUCCUGUCAAUGUCCACCUGGAUCGAUCAUGACUGAAAUCACACCCCUUGGCAUCCAGUGUCAGACAUGUCCAGCAGGUCUUUACCCAUCGGCGUCCUCACUGGAAUGCGUCUCGUGUCAAACACCACCAUGCUGUCCGGCUGGUUCUGUCUAUAGAACUCGAAAUGUAGAUGGAUCAAUUUUCAUCGACGCCAGUAACUCGUCAGAUGCCCAAAGCGACCAGUGCUUGGCUUGUGUUAAA